UGGAGAGUGAGGAGGGAGGUUCAGAGGGAGGGAGGAGAGGCUGAAAAUAGAGGAACUGAACAUCAAUUUGCGAGGAGGAGACUUUUUAGAGCCGAGUAAAAAAAAUAUACAGUCAGUGUAACGGGGGAGGGCGGAUGCUCAGAAACUCUCUUGCACUCUUACUUUCCUCUUCUGACUCCGUCUCCCCGCUUUUUCGCCUCUCUGUUGUCUGCACCGCUCAGAGCGUCCAGAAGAAAAAACCCGGGAUAACACAGCCUGACUCAAGAAGAAAAGAUGACGUCCCAGUUGGUUUUUCACGUCACUUGUGUGACCCUGCUGUCUCUGUGGUGCAGCGUGUGUCACUCCACUCCCAUGUUCUACAACAUGUCCGACGGCAGCGGAGAUGAAGCAGAGCUGGAGCUGCUCUUCCCCACCUCUUUCUCCACCCGAGCUCCUCUCCACAUCACCACCGCCACUGGAGCUCCCACCCUCACCAACACCAUCACCACCACCAUGAUCCGCCUCAAGGACUUUGUGCUGACCCGAGUCGUGGACUUCCUGCAGGAGAAUCUGCUCAUUAUCAUCGUGGUGACGUCUCUCCUCAUCGUCAUGGUCUUCAUCAUCUGCUGUGCCACGGCGAUGAGUCACAAGCGAAAGCUGGAGGCCUACAAGCCGCCUGCUAAUCCACCCAGGAAGUAUAUGGCUGAUAAAACUACCAGCAAGAAUUCAGGCGAGCUCCAGGAGAGGCCCUACGCCGUCGACCACGUCAAGAGGGUCCAGACUCAGAGCAUGGCCUCCCCAAAGAACCUGCGCACCCCCUCCAAGGCUCUGGUGGGAGAGAAAGGGAGAGACGUCAGGUCGUCACCUCGCCAGGAGGUAAGAAAGGUCAAGGAGGCUGAGGAGGUGGAAAAGCGGAGAGAGGAGCCCAAGCACAAAGAGCAGUCCAAGUACAGGGAGGAGGUGCAGCAGAGUUCCAGCCCCAGCACCAGCUCCAGUCCGCCCGUCUGUACCUGCCACAUGAAAAAGACCCAUCACUAAGCCAGUCUCAAGAUUACAUAAAGGUGAAAAAUGAAGACAGGCUGGUUAAUCCACACACAAAAUGUGCCAACAAGGUUUUGAUCAUUUCCUACAUGGAGAAAUAUAUUUAAAUGAGGCUAAUGUCUCGAAUGAAAAACAUCCAUCUUUAGAAAAUCUAAACAGAAAUAAUAUUUAUAGAAAUAUCAAGUACUACCUAAAAAAGAAAACAGCUGAAUAUAUGUGACCUGUAUAUCUCUAAGGUUCUGAUUAAAUGGUCAACAACUGAAACAAGGAGACGUGAGCAACCAUUAUUCAUCAUAAGUGUCUGUGGUGGCAAAAUUGAUGCAACCGUCACGAGUACUGAUUUUCUAUGUGAGAAGUUUAUUCGAGGGAAAAAAAGAUUUUCCCCAGAAAGUCUCUUGCUGCUUUACCAAGAUACGUCUGUGGAAGAAUCCAGGCAAGAGUGAGCCUCGAGUGAAGAGAGCUGCUGUGACAGAUUCUCAGCUGAGGUUGAUCCAGCAACAUAUCUUUCAGACUGUGGCAAAUAUAAAAUAUGAAAACAUCUAAGGGCAUUAAAACUUUCCUUUACAGUGUCAGUCAGAGACACCGAUUCUCAACAUUGUGCUAUUGAAGUUGCAUCACUUUAUUAAAAGUAUUUUAUGGAUUAAAACAGUCAGGAAGCAAGUUAGUUUUAAAAUAAAAAGAGCGGAUUCAAUUUUCUUGUGUUCCCAAAUAGAAAUGUUAGAAAUGAAAGUAUUCACGUGAGGCUCAUUUCUCCAGUCGCCUGCUGAGAAGAGGCGUCUCCUCAUCCUGCUGCACGACACAACAUCUAUUCAGCAGCUAAGAGCCUGAUCGAUCUGUCAUUUCCACACACAUCUUUGGUGCUGUAAACAAAGCAAAGUGAGACACCAGUAAACUUGACUUGUAAGAAAUGAUUCUCUUUAUAUUUACAUUCAUAUUUACCUAUUUUUGCUUUAUUAGUGUUAUUUUAUGUGAUAUCGUUUUGUAUUUACUUUAAGAACCGAUUUCUCAAAGCUUUAUACCAAAAACACAAUUUGUAAUUCAGUUGCUGAACUAAAGAAAAAAUACAAACAUUUUCUCCCCAUCUAUCCACAUAUUUAUUUUGUUGAACAUUUAAAUCUGGAUACAUUUGGCAUAUACAAUCAAAUCAAACGUGUUUGGUACAGAGACUUUAUGAGGGUUUAAGCUUUUUUAAUAAGUAAUACUUAUGUAUAAAAUAAAUUAUGUUUUUUAUUUUUAAUGUGAGAAUUUGUUGGAAGUCUUGGCCUGUUUUGUUGGUGUGUUUUCAUGUACAACUUCAACCUAAUGUGGCUACAAAAAUAAUCAAAAGCAGAUAAGUGUGUAUUUGUCUUAUUUGACUUUAUUAGAGUAAAACCUCAGAUUGCACUGGAGAAGAUCAUUUGGAAAAACUCUCCUCCUCAAUUUCCUGUGAUGAAGUUAAUGAU